CGGGCAUUCCUGUAAUUCCCCUCUUUUCCAAACAACUCUUUCACUUCUUCAUUUAUUCAUCCCUUUCUCUCUCUCUUCUUCCUUCUUCCUUACCCAAUCCUCUGCUUAGCUCUCUUCAGACUCCAAUCCGAAUGCCGCAACCGUGACCAACUCCCUCUGUAAUUCGCGCAAGCAUUCUCCAUCCUCGCCGGUGAAAAUGGCGGUCUCCGGCGGCAAUCGUGGCUCGACCAGUUUUUUCAGCUCAAAAACUCCAAUUCUAGGUCUCCCUCUCUACGUCAUCAUAGCAGCCACCGUCGCCGUUAUGUUCACUAUCUUCCUCCUGAUCUUCCUGCGUCUCCGCCGGAACCGCUUCCCCGGCAGACGCCGUCGCGCCAAACAGGGUUCUACUUUGCUUCCGUUGGUCAGAAAGGAGGCUGCCGUGACCGGAGUGGGGGAGGGUGCUCAGAUUGGUGGUAGGGUCGAGGAGAAGAAAGGUUUCAGAGAGGACGCGGUUGAGUCGCUGGAGAUAAAGAGGAGUUCGGAGAGCAACGAGUCACUAACGAGUCGGAGCGAGUCGUCGUCGGCGCUGUCGUGUUCGACUGACGGUUCCAAUAUCGGGUGGGGCCGCUGGUACAGCUUGAAGGAGCUGGAGAUGGCGACCAACGGAUUCUCCGCCGACAAUGUCAUCGGAGAAGGAGGAUAUGGUGUUGUGUAUAGAGGUGUAUUGCCGGACGGCUCUGUAGUGGCGGUGAAGAAUCUUCUGAACAACAAGGGCCAGGCAGAGAAGGAGUUCAAAGUUGAAGUUGAGGCCAUUGGCAAAGUAAGACAUAAAAAUCUGGUUGGUCUGCUUGGUUACUGUGCAGAUGGCACUCAAAGGUUACUUGUGUACGAGUAUGUUGAUAAUGGAAAUUUGGAGCAGUGGUUACAUGGCGAUGUAGGGCCUGUUAGCCCUCUAACAUGGGAUCUUCGUAUGAAGAUUGCAAUUGGGAUUGCUAGAGGACUUGCCUAUUUACAUGAAGGUUUGGAACCUAAAGUUGUACAUCGAGACGUAAAGUCAAGCAAUAUUCUCUUGGAUAGGAAAUGGAAUGCUAAAGUAUCAGAUUUUGGACUUGCCAAGUUGCUAGGAGGAGAGAAAAGUUACGUGACAACCCGUGUUAUGGGAACUUUUGGUUAUGUUUCCCCUGAUUAUGCAAGUACCGGAAUGCUUAAUGAGGGUAGUGAUGUCUAUAGUUUUGGUGUUCUGCUUAUGGAAAUUGUUACAGGGAGAAGUCCUGUUGAUUAUUCCAAACCGCCUGGAAAGAUGAACUUGAUUGACUGGUUUAAAGGAAUGGUAGCCAACAGACAGGGGGAGGAUUUGGUUGAUCCACUAAUAGAAGCCCGCCCACCUCCAAGAGCCCUAAAACGAGUAUUGCUUGUUUGCCUUCGGUGUAUAGAUAUGGAUGCCAACAAGCGACCAAAGAUGGGGCAAAUAGUAAAUAUGCUUGAGGCUGACGAAUUCCCAUUCCGUGCUGAGCAUCGCGCCCCUAGAGAAAGUGCUCCUGCCGGGAAUCGAGUGGCUGGCUGAGAUGAUAAACAAGUUGGCAAUAGAUAUGAUAAUUUGGGGAGGGGAUACGAGUUUUGUAGUGAGUUUGAUGAUAUGUGUAUAUUCUUUUUGCUCUUUCUAAAUUAAAAACACAUUAACCUCGCUUUCUUACGGUUAUCUAAUUAAACAAAUAUCUGUAUCAUGAUUUGUCAUAUAGCAUCUCAUUCCAGUGGUGAUGCCUUGCAGAUGUAAAUCACCCAAAUAGUGAUUCCUCAAUAAGACAUCAAACUUACUUCGUAGUUUAUUACAUUGACGAGGUGAGCAGAUAAUAUCACUAUAGUCAUCAUACAUUCAUACU